ACAAGCAAUAAACAGAGCAAGUUCAGUGAUUCCUCUGCAAUCCACAACCAACCGAGAGAGAGAAGAUGGUGGCGAAGGAGGCGAUGCCGUUGCUGACGCCGCACAAGCUGGGGCAGUUCGACCUCUCCCACCGUGUGGUGCUCGCGCCUUUGACGCGGUGCCGCUCCUACGGCAGCGUGCCGCAGCCGCACGCGGCGCUCUACUACUCGCAGCGGGCGACCAAGGGCGGCCUCCUCAUCUCCGAGGCCACCGACGUCUCUGUCACCGCGAAAGGAUAUCCUGAGACUCCAGGCAUCUGGACGCAGGAGCAGGUUGAAGCUUGGAAACCCAUCGUUGACGCCGUCCACCGGAAGGGAGCGCUCUUCUUCUGCCAGAUUUGGCAUGUCGGCAGGGUCUCCACAAACGAUUACCAGCCAGAUGGCCAGGCGCCGAUCUCCAGCACGGAUAAGCAGAUAACGCCUGAGCCUGAUGGGCGGCACGACGCCGAGGGCGGCGUAGUGUACUCCAAGCCGCGGCGGCUUCAGAUAGACGAAAUCCCCGCGAUCAUCGAUGACUUUAGGCGCGCUGCUCGGAACGCCAUUGAGGCAGGCUUCGACGGCGUGGAGAUCCAUGGCGCACACGGGUACCUCUUGGAGCAGUUCAUGAAAGACAGCUGCAAUGACCGCACCGAUGAGUACGGUGGCAGCCUCGAGAACCGAUGCCGCUUUGCGGUUGAGGUGAUUGAUGCGGUUGUUCGUGAGGUGGGCGCGGAACGCGUGGGCAUUAGACUGUCUCCUUUUGUGGACUACAUGGAUUGCUACGAGUCCGAUCCACAUGUCCUCGGUGCAUACAUGGUGCAGCAACUUAACAAACACCAGGGGUUCCUGUACUGCCACAUGGUUGAACCUCGGAUGGCCAUUGUGGAUGGCCGUCGGCAGAUACUUCACGGGCUUCUACCCUUCAGGAAAGCAUUCAACGGCACUUUCAUUGCGGCCGGAGGGUACGAUCGGGAGGAAGGCAACAUGGUCGUCGCUAACGGCUAUGCUGACCUUAUCGCCUACGGGAGGCUCUUUCUGGCUAAUCCGGAUUUGCCAACGAGAUUUGAGCUAGGUGUCCCCUUGAACAAGUACGACCGUUCCACCUUCUACACACAAGAUCCCGUCGUUGGCUACACAGACUAUCCUUUCCAUGAUGGCUCAACUGCUGAAUAGUUCGCCCACUUGACUUCAAUUUAUAACAGGCCUCGCAAAACAAAAACCAUUCGACAUAUCGGUUUCACUUGUCAAGCAAUGGUAGUGAAGAGUUGAACUUGCAAUCACUGAAAACCAAGAAUGAUAAACUGGCCACAUGUUGUCAUGAAGCUGUCCAAUAUUUAGGUAAAUGCUUGAGA